AUGAAACCUAUAACAGUCAUCACCAUUUUAGUCAUCAGCGUCUCCAUGAAUGAUGCAUUUCGUGCGUACAAUGAGACAGAAGUCGACCUCAACGAUGAACGGGCAAUGGGUGGUUACAUCAAAAACGUGAUUGCUGAUUUCAGCCAGUCCAUAAAAGAAGCUGGGUUCGAUCCUCUGUACAUCGAGAGACAGGAAUAUAUUUACCAGCUGCCUGUACCAGUGAUCUUCAAAAGCGUGUUCUUAAUGGAGCAACUGUCGAGUAAUGGAGUUAGCAACAUCGUGGUAAACUCUGUCAACUACAGCCUGCUAACGUCUCGGCUUAGCUUCGACAUCGAACUGCCACUCAUUGAUAUGGGUGUUGGUGCUGGCUCUGUUGAAACUACAGUUUUCGGGAGGAACUUCACAAUGAAUUCGUCGGGAAAAGUUGCCGUUCAGCGCAUGCGCUUCGUUGGUCAGAUUCGCUUCGUAGUGAAUAUCAUUCCUAAGAUCAGCAUCAGUGCUCGCAGCUCAGACAUUGAUUUUACCAUGGACGGGAUAGAAUCUGAUGUGAAACUCGUAGUACAAAAUGAGGACUAUUCUGAUAAAAUGAACGAGUUCCUGAGCAUGACUGUACCAGCUACCUUCAAGGAAUACAGCGUAAGUAUCUAAUUAUUUAUUUAAAAUUAAAGUACCUUCUACAUAAAAUAUACU